AUGACAGACUCACAAGAAAAAACGCCUCUCGAAUACUGGUUAGCACUCGCCUCUGUUGAAGGGCUCGGCAGUGUGCGGAUCAGACGGUUGAUAACACGUUUCGGGAGCGCGCAGGCGAUCUUUGAAGCAGAACUCCCAGAAAUCGCACGGUUACCCUCCUUCAACCCGGUGCUCGCAUCGCGGAUACUCACCGUAUCAGGCAAUUUCCCAACGUUCCGCGAAAGACUCAACGCACUCAGAGAUCAAGAAGUCCGGGUGAUGUGUCCUGAAGAUGCCAUCUAUCCGUCACAGCUGAAGCAUCUCCCCGACGCGCCCGGAAUCCUGUGCAGUGUCGGCACAUUAACCGAACUCGACGAACGCUGCGUGGCGAUUGUCGGGAACAAGGAGCCGAGUAUAGAAGGCAUUCAGUUGACGCUCUCGCUGGCGACGCAGCUGGUACUCGCUGGGUUUACAGUUGUCAGUGGACUCGCUACCGGUAUUGAUACGUAUGCGCAUUCCGGCGCGCUUGCGGGAAUGGGAAAAACUAUCGGGGUCGUCGGCACAGAUUUAUCCGCGAUCUAUCCGGCGCGGAACAAUCCCACUCGCGAUGAAGGUCUAUGA